GAGAAGAAAUAAACCGGGUUUUGGUUUUUGGCUAAUUGAAUAAAACCACAAUUCCUGUGAAAGAGUCUUCACUCUUCUUCACUCUAUUACCCUAAUCUAGUCUCGAUGUCAAACCUCGCCGUCUCUAAUGGCGGCGAACCACCGCGAAAAACCAACCAGACACCGCCGGCAUCGUUUUCGUCGCUUCCAUUCGACAUCGUGUUGAACGUCUUAGCCCGCGUCCCAAGAAGGCAUUACCCGAUCCUCCGUUGCGUAUGCAAGAGCUUGAGGAGUCUACUUCGCUCGCCUGAGAUCCACAAGACUCGAUCUUUCCUCGGAAAGGAUUCGCUUUAUAUAUGCUUCAUGGACAAAUCUACAGACCCCAGGACUCCUCGCUGGUUCGCUCUCCGCAGGAUUGAGAACAGUACGACUGAUGAGAAUGUCUUCAACUCCAUCGAGUUCCCUUGUGGUUACUCUCUUUCCACCAUCGCGGUUGGUCGUGAGAUUUUCGUCAUUCCCGGAACUCAUAUUCGCUCAACAAAUCUCCAGAUCUUUGAUACACAAUCUGGAAAGGUUCGUGAAGGACCUAGUUUGCUAGUGAAGCGACAAUCCAAUAGCGUAGAACUAGUCGGCGGUAAGAUGUAUGUGAUCGGAGGCCACAGAGAAGACAAGAUUCCAGCGCAAGUAUUUGACUUAAAGACGCAAACUUGGGAAGAAGCGCCGAUUCCUGAGGAAGAUGGGAGAUUUGUAUGGAGCUGUGCGGCAAGUUUUUCACUAGACAGGAAGGUUUGUGCUUUAAUCUCUGGUCGAGGCAUGACUUGUUACGAUCCUAGAGAUGGUUCUUGUGAGACACCUCAGUUGCCUAAAGACAGAUGGUGGAAGGCAGGAGUGUGUGUUAUAGACAAUGUGCUCUUCGUUUACUUCUUGAGAUUCGGGUUAAUGUGGUAUGACUCUCAACUGAUGCUGUGGAGGGUGGUUUAUGGUUUGGAUAUUGGCACAGAUAUUGGCAAAGCUGGAUGCGUUACAAUGGCUGAAUACUAUGGGAAGUUGGCUUUUCUAUGGGUGAAUCGAAGUCUUCUUUGUCCUAAAAGCAAAGAGAUUUGGUGUAGAAUGAUUGGUUUGGAUAGAAAUGAUUCAGGAAUUCAUGGGACUGCAGAACCGUCUCAACUUCUCUCGAUUGUUCCUCGCGACUAUAACAUGUGUUGUUGUCUGUCUCUUGGUUAAACACGAGAUCUCUUGUUGAUGAUAGAUGAUGAUGUUUAAGUACUUUCUUUAGUAAAUGAUGAUGUUUUAGUGCUUUCUAUGAGCUUUUUAGUCAUUAUGUUUAAUAUCAGUACAAUGUGUUUUCAAGGUUAUGAAUGUGUUUAGUACUUUCAACUCUCGAUUUAGUCAUUUGUUGUUGCGGUUUGAGCAUCUUGCUCUGUUCCACCUAA